AUCCGGCCUCCUCGCCCAAAAAACGCGGGCAAGUCGUAGUUCAAAGAAGAGGAAGAAUUCGUUAAGAUCAGAAAAAUAAAUAAAAUAAAAUAAACCGUCCCUAACGAUUUUAUUGUCAUAAACGGAAAUUUCUUUCCCAUUCCAGAGAGAAAGAGGGCUCGGCCUCGCCGCCUCCGGGCUGCUCUGCCACCGCGACGCCGGCCAUGGCGUACCGGAGGAAGCACGUCAUGACUCGGUCCGCCACCUUCGUCGAGGACUGCCGAUCCUUCCCCGAUCCCGACGGCGACUCAUUGUCGUCACCCUCGCUCGCAGCCCAGGCCAUUCGUGCCUCCGCGGCGCACCGCCACUCCGCUUCGUUCUCCUCUGCCUACGGCAACUCCACCUCCGUCGCCGCCGCCUCCGGCCGCCGUAGGCUAUCCCAGGAGUCUAACACCGUUGAGUACACAUCAAUGAAAAGCUUAACCGAGCCAAAGCAUGGAUUCUGGGGUGUUUUGGCAAGGAAAGCUAAAGCAAUCCUCGAAGACGAUAAUGACAAUGGUGUUCCGAAUAAAUCUGGAGAUUAUGGCACAGAUCAGCCUCAAACACGUACCUCACCGACAAGUUUUCAGAAUCUGCAAUCCAACUCAUCCUCUGAAAGUUACCGAAAGCCGGAAAGCCCUGCAUUCCAGAGAGGCUCAGAAGCAAUAAAAGAUAUCGGGGGGCGAAUCCGAAAUGCCUUCGAAGAGGGUUUGACAAUGGUGGAGAACAGGACUGCUGAUAUUAUUCAGGAAACAAGAAAGCUACAGAUCGGAAGAAAGAACAGCAGUUCCAACUUACAGAAUCUGGAUGUCGAUUCGCCGAAUCUCUCUUCGAAUCAAAGCGAACAAGAGACUCAACUAAAAGCUUCUCGCGACGCUGCUUAUGCGAUGGCUGCGAAAGCCAAACUUCAUUUGCGGCAACUGAAAACGGUGAAAGCCGACCUUGCUUUCGCAAAAGAGCGCUGUGCUCAGCUCGAAGAGGAGAACAAGAUGUUGCGGGAGAAUCGCCAAAAGGGUAACAACAGUGAAGAUGAUGAUCUGAUAAGACUCCAGUUGGAAACACUGUUAGCCGAGAAGGCGAGGCUGGCGCACGAGAACUCUUUAUAUGCACGGGAGAACCGAUUCCUCCGCGAGAUCGUGGAGUUCCAUCAACUUACCAUGCAGGAUGUCGUCCAUUUUGACGAGGAGGACAUCGAAGAGGUCGACGACGUUGACCCGAUCGAAAUGCUACCCAAUCUCUCACCAAUUCAUACAGCUCAUGAUGUGCACUCUUCCGCCAUACCGAGCCCUCCGUCUCCAACCUCUAAUCCUAAUGGACAAUCAUCUCCAAAUCCCAGUGUUCGGUCUGGGAGUCCGAUUAGCCCUCACUCUCCGAAACAACAUGGCUUAGAGACUCCACCAGAAGAAACAAAGGUGAUUCAAUGAGGAAUCUUUUAUACAAUUCAAAGGCUUGCUUGAAUUUGCUAUGACUCUUUAUUAACACCCUUCUCAAACUGGCAUGAUUGAUUUGUUUGUGCAUGGGAAGUUGUAUUCAUUGUAAAACUGUUUGUAAUUCGUUGUCUGAUUCUUCAACAAUAACUAUUAUAAUAAAUACUGAUUUAUUUUGCUGGCCUUGUAUUCAUCAAGUUCAUAAUCUGAUUUAGUUUCUGGUGAACAAAUAACUACUUAGGUUCAGUUUUCAUUGAUUUCAUGUAGAUAUAUUAUCCAAGUGGAUUCAGCCAAAUGUGCACUAAGUCCAAACCGAUAUUAUCAAAUUUGUUGGAUGUUUAAUGAUAUAAUAGGUCAUACCCAACAAUUGAACACAUAAAGUUUACAACAGAACAAAAUUUGAACAGAAUAUUAGCUUUAGCGAGCAGGUUGUUUGAGUAAAGCCAUUUUAAAAACUAGCAACUUUUUCAUUACAUACCGGGCAACUGCAACAAGAUUAAAAUAGUGUUUAACAAGCAAAUAACUUGAUCCUUUAAAAGUAGUUCAUAAGGGACCAACUGUUUAACAAUGAGUAAGCAAAAGCUUGGUUAAAUAUAUCCAUCCAAUCUGCCAUCAGUAUUAUUCUUGGAGUUGUCGAACACGUAAAAGCAGGAAGAAAAAAAAAAAACACAAAGUAA